GCUCCUCGGCUCUGCGUGGUGGGCAGUGGGCCCGCGGGGUUUUACACGGCUCAGCACAUCCUCAAGCACCACAGCGGGGCCCGAGUGGACAUCUAUGAGAAGCUGCCUGUUCCCUUUGGGCUCGUCCGUUUUGGGGUGGCCCCAGACCACCCCGAAGUGAAGAACGUGAUCAACGCCUUCACGCAGACGGCACGCUCGGAACGCUGCGCCUACUACGGGAAUGUUGCCGUGGGGAGGGACGUCACGGUGGCAGAGCUGCAGCAGGCUUACCACGCUGUGGUGCUGAGUUACGGUGCUGAAGAUAACCGGGUCCUGGGGAUCCCGGGAGAGAACCUCUCCGGCGUUUAUUCAGCCCGAGCAUUUGUGGGCUGGUACAACGGGCUGCCCGAGAACCGGGAUCUGAAGCCCGACCUGAGCUGUGAGACAGCGUUGAUUCUGGGUCAUGGCAACGUGGCGCUGGAUAUUGCCCGGAUCCUCCUGUCUCCACUGGAUCUCCUCAGGAAGACAGACAUCACUGACAGCUCCCUGGCAGCUCUCGCCUGCAGCAAGGUGAAGCGCGUCUGGCUGGUUGGCAGGAGGGGGCCUCUCCAAGUUGCUUUCACUAUCAAGGAGCUGCGGGAGAUGAUAAACCUGCCUGGUACCAGACCUGUCCUCAACCCUGCUGACUUCACAGGCCUCGAAAAUGCUGUUAAAGAUGCCCCCAGACCCAGGAAGCGACUGACUGAGCUGAUGAUCAAAACAGCUCUGGAGAAGCCUGGGCAGAAGAUGAUGGAGAUGGAGACGCAGGCAGCGGCAGUGCGGGCAGCAGCCCCCCGGGAGUGGGGGCUGAAGUUCCAGUGCAGUCCCCAGGAGGUGCUGCCCACCGCUGACGGGCAGCGGGUGAGGGGUGUCCGCAUGGCCCUGACCCGCCUGGAGGGCUCGGGGGACUCUUCCCGGCGCCUGCCCCUGGACCCGGUGGUACCCUUCGACACCCAGCGCGGCGUGAUCCCCAACAGCUCGGGCAGAGUGGAGGGUGUCCCAGGUCUAUACUGCAGCGGGUGGGUGAAGAGAGGACCCACGGGCGUGAUCAUCACCACCAUGAACGACAGCUUUGACACUGCCCAGUCUGUGCUGGAGGAUCUCCAGGUGGGCAUGCUGGACGUCUCUGCCUCCAGAGAAGGUUUUGGGGCUGUGGAGAGCAUCCUGCGCAGCCGAGGGGUCCGUCCCGUUUCCUUCUCGGACUGGGAGAAGAUAGAUGCUGCUGAAGUGGCGAGAGGCAAAGCUGCUGGCAAACCCCGAGAGAAGAUAGUGGAUCUUCAGGAGAUGCUGCAGCUGAUUGGUCACUAA